AACUACAACCACAACAACCUGUUGGCCUUCAAACAAGUCAGCUUAUUUCAGUUUAAGUUUUAUAGUUAUUGUGUAGUAGUGGAGGUGAAUACUAGAAUAAAAUGAACUGUCAUUAACCUGAAGUGCGUUCGGUGCAUUUAAAUAUCAGUAAAUGGAUUAAAAAGGCAUGAAUAGCCGGAGGGCAUCCUUGGAACCAGCUCUGUCACAGCUAAAAGAAGAGGAGAAGGUGCAGAUCCUGAAUAUCGUCACCAAGGACGAGAUUGUGCGAGUACGUCAUGAGUUGUAUAUUAUGAGACUAAAGUCAGAGCUUGAGGCAGUAAGACGCCAAGGAGUUGGAGUGACUGUGAAUGGGCGGGCAUGUGCUAGGUGUCGCGCUGAGCUAGGCCGCAUCAUCAACCGUGGGGCCUGUUGUCGAUGGUGCAGACACAGGGUGUGCAAGAGCUGCCGAGAAUACGUCACUAACGACACGUCUGACUGGUUGUGCACUGUCUGCCAUAAACAGAUGGAGCUGACUGCAGCGUCAGGUGACUGGAUGAACCAGUUCGUGCGACGGCCGAGUAAGCGACGAGACAACCGCAUUGCAGCUGUUGAGACAGUGAAGCGGAGUCUUCAGCGCUCCUGGACCUUCUCAGAUGCUUCACCAUCGCCAUGGGCAGCUCUACGAAACUCGCCAGAGAUGCGAGCGUACAGUAGCAUGCCCCGGCACCAAGACUGUGAGUUUAUCACUCGCACAGCCUUCGCCAACAGACUGAACUUGACCAAGACACUAGACAACAACGAGCCGAUCGAACAAAUUAAACCUGAUGAAAAAGUUGUUGAAAAUACUAUAAAAAGCAAAGAUGAGGAAGAAAGCAACAAUUGCCCUUCCGAAGAUAUAGUGUCACAAGUUGAAUCAGUUGAAGAGAAAGCUUCUGAUUCUGCCUCUGAAGAAAACAUGGUCUCUGUUCCUGUGACAGAUUACGAGUCGAGCCAAGGAAGUCCCGUAGUGGACAAGAGGUCUCUGAGCGAGAGCACCUCCAUAGACCAGUCGUCAAUAGGGAGCCCAGUGAUGGAUAGUGAGAGCCCUCUGGUGACCAAACGUUCAGUAAACGAUGCUGUCAUCGAGCCUCUCACUGGUUCUGUUUUCCGCAAAGUGACACUGAAGAAACGCAGAGUAGACACUCGAAACCUUCCUCCAGGUGUGACGCCGCCGCGGAGUCGCAGGACGGUGGUGCAGCGGCAGAGGGAAGACCGGGACCCGCUGAUGAGAGACCGAGAGGACUACAAGCUCGUGUUCAUCUCCAGUUCCGACUCCAGCUCCAGGGAGGAACUCCAGAGUGACGACGGAUCCUCUACCUGUUCAGGGCUCGUGGCGGGCAGCGACUGCGAUUGGGAUUACUACGAGCCGUGUGGUGGCAGCAGUGGUGAGCCGUGUGUUGGCACCACUGGUGCCGCGGCGGUGGCGGGGCCGGGCCCGGUCAGUCUCAGUCUGCCGAGCGCCUGUGCCGUCGAUAAGUGUGUGCCGGUCCCCAUACCGGUCCCCAUUCCCGUGCCGUUCCCCGUACUCGUGCCUGUACCCUGGACUCCGGAUCUGACCAUCCGCAUACAGCAUCUUUGGUCCCUCCAGCAGCUCGUCACCGUUACUCUAAACGACGGGCAGAUGAAUCAGCGCCUCUCUGAGGAUCUCAGGUUGGCCGCGCUCAAACAUUUCCAGGAUCUCACCACCCGCGCUCAGGAGCCACCCCUAGGAGAGAAACACGCAGUGGAGGACACCCCCAAUGAUGUGAGCAUCGAUAAGUCUGUGAUUUGUGAAAAAAACGGUACCGAAGUGCACGAGUGUAAAGAAAACACAAUUAAAAGUGAAAGUGAUAACCAAGUCGUUUCAGAGGUGAGUGAACUAGAACUAGGUGAGUCAAUCGAAGAUAUCUCUCACGACGAGUUGGCGAUUACAACCGAUAAAACAACACCCACACUAAUUGAGGUGGCAGUUUCUGAUAAAACUGAAACUGAUGGUGUUGUUUUGAAAAAUUACAAGUCUCUUGGACUGCACGAACAAGACAAAUUAAUUGUUGUAGAACUAAAAGAAAAAGAAGAAUGCUUCAAAGAAUUCAUGGAAGUGGAGGACGACGAGUCGGUGUCUUCCACAUCUUCCGAUGAUUCCGAUCGAGGAGAUAAAUCGACCAAGAGGUUCUACAAGUUCAAUCAGGAAGAGGAGAGUGAAGCGGAGAGUAGCGAGGAUGAAGAUUCCUCGGGGGAGUUCAGCAUGGCCUCGUCACUGUCGUCCUCCCCGGGUUCGGGUAGGUUCAAGCGCGUGUAUGUUGUGAACGACUCGGACUCUGACCUCGGGGAGCUACCAGAGUACCAAGACGACUCUGCACAGGAGGACGGUGAGGUGACCUUGUUGCGGCACGUCAACAUGGACGGCGAGGUGCGGCUUUCGACAAUACUGCAAGAAGAAACGGCAAAAGCAGAUGAGGACAGUGCGUCCAUGGUGCUGCAGGACAGCCUAGAGUGUGGUGUUCUCGGCGAGCAAGAGUUGCCAGAGUCGGAACACGAGUCCGCCUUAUCGUUGCCGCUAUCUGAAGAGCUCGCGGCUGAUAACGUUGAUAUGAGCGCUGUUUUCUUAGACUCUCCUAAAUCAGUGCGAAUAGCGACACGGGACCACUAUUACGACGAGAAUACAAAAAUGGAAACCGGUGAGUUUUUAUCGCGGGAGAUCGCGUAUUGUGAUAAGGCGGCGAUUCGCACCGGUGCAGACUUCAUACUGAAAAAGGAGGGAGAGGGGAGUGACGAGGAGUGCGGCAAACUGUGCGAGACGCGCGGAAGCAACACGUCGGACGAAUUCUCCGGAACCGAGUCCAUGGAGUUGGAACAAGGUCAGGUCCGGGCCGCCGGCCCCGUUACCGCGAGUGGAGAAAGCUGGCGGGAAACGGGUCGGUACACGAGUCUGGUGAUGAUCACCCAGGAGCCAGUGGGGGUGGAAGCAGUGAGUGUGGUGACGAGCGACACGACCACGUUGAGUGUGCCGGAGGUGGAGGAGCGAUAUACGCUUACACUGGACACGACACAAACAUCAGGGACGUUCCCACAGGAUGACAGCGAAGUGCAUGUUGUCACAGGCAACGGAACCACGGCCGUCGUCAUUCUGGAAGAGGGAUUACCGGACGAUGACUCUUGGGUGGAGGAUCUGGACCGAGACGAGCUGGUUACCACUACGGAAGACUCCUCUGAGGACGAUACCUCCUACGUCGAUCGUGAGGAGGAGCUGCGCGGAUACAAUCCCAGAUCGGCUAUAGAUUUCACUCUGCACACCAUUGUCGAGGAGAGCUGCGAAGAAAGUGAAGUUGAAUUGGAAAGAAAUAGACCCACUGAAUUGGAGAAGUAUUUUUUCUACGGAGUCGGUGACGGACUCUCUGACUCUCGUGAGGUUGACACAAUGUCAGAAACGAGUUCGAUUCACAGCGAAGGCUUGGAGAGUUUGGGUGGAUACGAUGAUGGUGAAAACGAAGGUAAGGAUCCCGCAGAGUUGGCAUCUUCAAGGUUAGAAAAGUACUUUUUGUCGGGGCUUUUGGGUUGUAGUAGAAGAGAUUCAGAUGGAAGUGUAGGGAGUGAUAGUGAGGGUAAGCCAAGUCCCGAACAGCGGCGGAAGCGACUGGUGCGAGCACGAGGGACGGGCAGGCAACAUUCCAAUUCGCAAGAUAAUCUUAACGAAUCAGAACAGCAAGAUGAAGUUCAAGUAGAGUCCGAGGGGUCGAGCACCGAGACUGAUUCUCAUGAUGAUCUCAGUAACUCUUUCGAAAAGAAUGAUGGGCAAUUUGAUACGGUGAAGAGGACAAAAAAGAAGAAAAGGUCGGUUGUCUCGGCUCCUUCGUUGGAGCUCCUAGAGGCUGUUGAGGACCCCUCAGGCUCUGGAGGCAGAGAAGAAAUGGACUCUGACGAUGGUAACAAGACCCCCCAACCGGAAUUCCUACUGCCUGUGGAUCUUGGAAGCACUAGGAAUAAGCAGCAGAGUCGUGACAGUGGGUUUAUGGGAAGUUGUGACGAUUUGUUGAAAGAGAAUAAGGAUGUCCCUAGUAGUGAAGUGCCUGGAAUUCUAGAAGUAGAGAUUGAAAAAGUUCCUGAAGUUAAAAAAGUCGAAGAAACUGUGAUGCCCCAAGUAAAAAUUUCUCCCCCAACCGGUUUAAUUAGGAAAGAUAGCUUUAACAAUUGGAGCUCCGAUGAGGAGACUAAUUUAAUGAUGUCGAAAAUGAGACAGUUUUUCAAAACAAUGGUUGCCUCCCAACCAAAGGUUUCUAGCCCUACUGUGGGCGCAAGAAAUAAGCCUCCCCAGUUAGUGCAUUUCGAGUCUGAAUUAACGAGACUCAUGAAGACGGUUCCGGGUAUACGGGACGAGCAAGUGAAGGAAAUUGUGGAAUACUUAAGUAGUGAAGAUACCUGGAGUGAUUCUUAUGAUUCUUCGGAUUAUACAAGUUCUGAUUUAGAGGGAUGCAACAAGAAAACCGCACUGCAGGAAGAGAUUUCGGCCAGUUGCAGACAAAUUAUAAGUAAUUUUGAAGCAGUAGAAGACCCUAUCACCACAUCCGCAGAAGGACUCAAUAAGGAUACUGCUUUCGUAUAUCAACGGUUAGUAGCUUCCUUCAGCAAAUUGGACGCUCCCAGUUCUGAUUCCUCGGCCUCCCACAACUCACCCCCUCUGAUCGCCAAAGUGAUGCAGCACAUAGGCAGCCGCCUGGUGGCUCUCAUGCACGAGGUCUCCAGUGCGGAAGGAGGCAGUCCAAAGAGCGCCAGAUAUCACAGACGUCUACAGCCGAAAUUAUCGACAACGUCGACCACAGAAGAUGAGGAAGACUCGAUUGAAGAUUACAGCCCACUUCCAAGAUCAAAAUCUCAUGAUCCUUUGAUAGAAGAGAACAGACAAGAAGCGAGUGACAACGAAAGAUUCAGUUGGAGAGGAAGUUUUGAGUCGGCGUUGAUGGCCUCAGAUUCGAGGACUAGGUUAGCUUCCGGAGGGGAGGGUUCGGUCUCAGCAUCCGCUCUAGCAUUGGCAGCAAAGAGAAGAUCUGCUGGAGACCUCCUGUUCAAGACUUCAAGUAGGGAGCAGCUGGACAGAGUGAGGAGUUGUGGCAGCAUAGGGGGUAGUGUUGAAGAUAAGAUCUGGGGUCUCAGGCACCAGAAGAGGAGACGCAGUAGUGUCCCCGAUUCUGGAGGAUCAAACGACGGCGAUGACGAUUCCGAGGAGGACGCCGGGAGAUCCACAACACUUCCUAGGAGUCUGCAGAGCUCCUGCGCGGCUACUAAUUCGCUCCCUCGCUUGCCAACCACCCCUACCUCUACUCCAACACCCAGCAUAUACAAAGCCCAUAGUGUACACCAAGUGAGCGCUUCCAAAUCCGUGGUCUCUGCGCGCUACCGUCCUCCGGGAUACAGCAGCCGCAGCAGCGCCGUGGCGCCCCCCAGGCGAGAUGCCAGACGUCGUGCUGCUCAGACUCCCUCACCUUGUAAUCUCUCUUCGCCUCCUAGUGUCGUAUCAGACGAUGCGAGUGUGUGCUCAGAGUCAGUGAGCGUGCGUGCUGUAGAGGAGGAGGACAGACUCACCAACAGUCGAGCAGCAUCCUCGUCCUCCCUGGGGGCAAGAAGUGACUCCCUAGCCAGUGUGUAUUCUGGAGCAGGUGAAGGGAGGUAUGGCUCCGUGGCUGUCAGAGGGGAGGUGGAAUUUGGCCUCCAAUAUAACUACAAGCAAGGGGCUCUGGAGAUCUACGUCAAACAAUGCAGAGACCUUGCAGCUGUGGACACCAAACGGAACCGAUCAGACCCAUAUGUCAAAGUGUACCUGCUUCCUGAUAAAUCCAAGUCAGGCAAACGUAAAACACGGGUGAAGAAACACACCCUGAAUCCUGUUUUUGAAGAAACAUUAAAGUUCCACAUCACCCUGGAAGGACUGGAGAGUCGCACGCUGUGGCUGAGUGUGUGGCAUUCGGACAUGUUUGGCCGCAACGACUUCCUGGGUGAGGUGACCAUGGCUCUCGAGAACAAGGUGUUUGAUGACCCACUCCCCAAGUUUUACACGUUACAGGAACGGUCAGAACCCCUGGAAGAGCUGGUGGGCUCCAAGGGAGAGCUGAUCGUGGGCCUGAAGUUUGUACCACCAGAGGUCAGCCCUAGUAAGAAGGGUGGCAACAAGGGCUGCCUACAGGUGCUGGUCAAGGAAGCUAAGAACUUGGCUGCAGUCAAGAGCAAUGGCACCUCUGACCCCUUCUGCAAGAGCUACCUGUUGCCAGACAAGGGCCGUAGCAGCAAGCAGAAAACGCCAGUAUUGCGCAAGUGCUGCUCACCGGCGUGGCACCACACCUUCACGUAUGCAGGGGUCACCCUAGAUGAGUUGGCCUCACGCAGUCUGGAGCUGACCAUCUGGGACCAUGACCGACUGGCCAGCAACGAGUUCCUGGGCGGAGUCCGGCUCAACCUCGGCUCCGGCAAACACAACGGCAAGGCUGUGGACUGGAUGGACGCCAGCGGCAAGGAGACAACUCUCUGGCAGCGAAUGUUGGAGCGUCCUAACCUCUGGGUAGAGAGUUGUCUGCCACUCAGACCUUCACUGGAUGUCCGUAACAAUUCCUAAUAUUUCCGUAUAAGUUCAGCUUCAAUCAGAUUCUAAACAUAUCGCUGUAGUAUUAAUUAUUAAUUUAUCGAUCUGACUAUGUUAGAUGUAAAACUUAAGAAGUACAAUAGAAAUGUAAUAAAUUUCUACUUUGUUAUCAUAUUUGUAUGGUGUUGUAUGAUGUAAAUUAAUGUGAAUUUGUAAUUACGUUUUGUAAAGAAAUAAAAUGAGAAUAAUUUCCUUA